CCCCCGUGUCUCCGUCCAGUCUCCUCCCCUCUGACUCUCCCGGCCGGAGCUGGUGACGUACCCUGGAUGUAGCGGCGGGACGCGGGAGUGACGGUGACCGGCAGUAAGGUGAAUUGUGAAAGGGAAAUUGUUCUCUGAUCAAGCCAACUAAAUACUUAAUUUCUUGUUAUGCCUCUGGAGGGUUCACAAAAGCUAUUUUUAUUUGGAGCAUAGGAGAAACCUAUUAUAACGAAGUUGUUACUCAUUGAAGUAAUGAAGAACAAAAGAGAGAAAACACUUCAGUGCUCAGAGUGUGACUUACGCUUUGCAGCUAAAACACAUCUUCUCAUACAUCAGAGGAUUCACACAGGAGAGAAACCAUAUCUGUGCUCUGAGUGUGACCUACGCUUUACACAUAAAUCACAGUUACUCGUACAUCAGAGGAAUCACACAGGAGUGCACCCAUUUAAAUGUUCUGAGUGUAGCAAGUGUUUUUCCCGGAAGUUCAGUCUUGUUACUCAUCAGAUGGUUCACACAGGAGAGAAACCAUUUAAAUGCUCUGAAUGCAGCAAGUGUUACAACAGAAAGGCACUACUUGUUAUACAUCAGAGGACUCACACAGGAGAGAAGCCAUUUAAAUGCUCUGAAUGCGGCAAGUGUUAUACCAAGAAGAGAGCGCUUGUUGUACAUCAGAGAAAUCACACAGGAGAGAAUCUAUACAAAUGUUCUGAAUGCAGCAAGUGUUUUUCCUAUAAGUCACAUUUUUUUAGUCAUCAGAGGUGUCACACAGGAGAGAGACCAUUUAAAUGCACUGAAUGCAGCAAGUGUUACACUGAGAAGCAACAACUUGUUGUACAUCAGAAGAUUCACACAGGAGAGAAACCAUUUACAUGCUAUGAAUGCAGCAAGUGUUUUUCCCAGAAGGCACGGCUUGAUAGACAUCAUAUGACUCACACAGGAGAGAAACCAUUUACAUGCUCUGAAUGCAACAACUGUUUUUCCCAGAAGACACAGCUUGUUAGUCAUCAGAGGAGUCACACAAGAGAAAAACCAUAUAAAUGUUGUGAAUGCAGCAAGUGUUUUUCAGUGAGGUCAAAUCUUAUUAGACAUCAGAGGAGUCACACAGGAGAGCAGCCUUUUAAAUGUUCGGAGUGCGGCAAGUGUUAUACCCAUAGGUCAAAUCUAGUUAGACAUCAGCGGUGUCACACAGAAGAGAAACCAUUUACAUGUACUGAAUGCAGCAAGUGUUUUGCCAAGAAAAGAAAACUUAUUACUCACAUGAGGAGUCACUCUGAGGCUUUGAAUGUGGCACGUGUUUCAUAAGUUGUUAUAUCAUGUCAAUGGGCUUGAUUCUGAGAUGGAAGCAUGACAUGAGAAAGCAGGUAACUUUUCACUUGGACAACCCAUGUUGCACUGCAAGGUGUGCAAAAAUACAUUUAUUAUUUUUGCCAGGGUGCAAAGCUACUAUUUUUUUCCCCUGUACUUUAUCCGCUGAAUUGGCCCCAAUACUCCCUAGAGAAAUGUGAUUUUAUUCUUACUGAGACAAGUAUUUUAUAGAAACUCAAACUCUUUAUUAAAGGCAGUAGAUCAAUGACAA